UUGACUGAGUGGAUAUGAAACUACUUCUGAUUCUCCUAGUUGCGACACUUGCUCUUGGGCAGAUGACUUACUCUGAUGGGUAUGGAUAUAUCCCUCAUCCAGACCAGUUUGUUAGAAUUGAUGUUUAUGAAGAUCUUUUGAGUAAUGAUUGCUCGAACUUCCACAAAGAAUUCUUAGAAUACCUGGGAACAACAACUGAUGCUGGAGAGGAUAUUACAAAAUAUGUUUAUGUAGUAUUCCAUUUCUUCCCACUCCCAUUCCACCACAACUCAUUCUUUGUCUCCCAACUUGUUCCAUUCACUUAUGACUUGAAUGGGAGAACCGAAGAUGUCCUUGAUUACUCGGAAUAUAUCCUUGAUCAUCAAAAGAAUUUUGCUAGUGAAGCUGAAAGACUUUCUGAAUUUGGAGUGCAACAGAAGAUUUGUAAUGAGACUUCAACCGAUCUCAAAGCCUUGAAUUUUACAUACAGUCAAUGCAUGAUUGCUUUCAGAAAUAAAGAAUACAUUAAAGACACUGUUGUACAGUGGAAGCAAGGUGUUCAUGAUGGUAUUAGCCAAACACCAACUGUUUUUAUUAAUGCUCUGGAGGUUCCAGCCCCAAAAACAGUUGAAGAAUGGAAAGAUCUUUUGAACCCUGUUUUUCCAGGUUCUUCGGAAUCCGCAGCUGCAUUCCAAGGCAAAGUUCAAGGCCCUCAAAGACCAUCAAGAUUCACUCCACCUCCAAAGAGAACUACUCCAAAAAGAAUUCCACAUCCACAAGUAGUUCCAAAGAAACCAGCAGAACCUACUCCCCCUUCCCCAUCUAAGGAAGUUGUUCCAGAAGCCCCUAAGACUGAAGAGACUCCUGCUACCACUCAAGCAGAAACUGUAGUUGCUCCUGAAAUAAAAGGAAAUCCAAAUGUUGAAGAAACUGCUCCAGCCCCAACUGAAGAUUCCCCUACUGAAGAGGCUCCUACAGAUGAAACAUCAGCAGAAGAAGCAACUACUGAAGAAGAAUCCCCAGAAGAAACAGCAACUAAGGAACCAGCCUCAGCUCCAGAAGAAAGCAGUGAGGAAGGAGAAUCAUUAUUGUCUAGAAUUGCUAAUGUUAUUCCUAAACUUUUAUCUGGUGAAGGAGAAUCUACUGAAGAAACUUCAGAGCCUGAAACUGUUUCAGAAGAAACCUCUACUGAUAAAGAUGCUCCAGCUACUCAGGAAGCUACAGAUGAAGCUCCUACUGAAGAAGCUCAUACUGAAGAAGCUCAUACUGAAGAAGCUUCAGUUGAAGAAACUCCUGUUAAAGAAGCUCCUGCUGAAGAAGCUCCUGCUGAAGAAGCUCCUGCUGAAGAAGCUCCUGCUGAAGAAGCUCCUUCUGAAGAAACUCCAAUUGUUGAAGACACUAACACUGACGAAGCUGUCCCAGCUGAAGAUUCUCCCUCGGAUGCUGAAACUAUAGAAGCUCCUACUGAAACUGAAGAAACAGCAACUGCUGAGACUUCAGCUAGAGCUGAAAUGGAAGCACCAAUUGUUUCAGAAGCAGAAACUUCCUCUACUACAGAAGCUGAAAGUUCUAUUUCUACAGAGACUGAAGCCUCACCUGCCUCUGAAACCAAAGUCGAACAGUCAACAACAACAGAAAGUUCACCAGAGGAUGCUAGCUCUACGGAUAUUGAUGCUGUUACUGACAAAAUCAAUGAUCUAGCAGAAGAAGAGAAUGACAAAGAUAGUGCCGCUGAGUCGAAUGACUCAUUAUUCUUUGGACUUUUCUAAAAUUCAAAUUAAA